AGAAUGUUAAUUGCGAAUACAGCUAAGUGCAUGAAACAUUCCAUCUAGCAGAAGCAAUCAUCAAUUCAUUUUUUCUUGACGGGUGUUGAUUAUACAAUUAAAAUGAAAAAUCGGGAUUGAGUGUGAAAGUGGUAAUGAUAUUAUCGAUCAGAAACCUACGACUGCGAUAAAAUGUUAUCAAGAAGGCAGAAGCCUGUAUAGUUUCUCUAGAAAAGCGUAACUCAGUAUGCCCGACAUGUUGGCUACUCAGACACACGUGAAAAAGUCUUUCAAAGACGAGUGAGUAAGUGGAUCAGUCCAAUUCCCAGAGACCGAACACGUAAUUUACACAGAUGGUUCGAACACCCCUCUUGGAGUUGGAGCCGUUGUGUUCAGCAGAAAACCGAAGACGGAAAUCUCUGUUUAUCUCGAGAGCAACACUAGCAGAAAAAGAAGUAACAACGUUGAAAGAACAGCUCUCCGGAAACAACACAACGAACAACUGCGAAAACAAAGACACAUUGAACAUGGACCGACAGAGUUUUGAAACUGAAAUUGCUACCAAAGAUAAAGAAAUAAAUCAUUUACUCGAAGAAGUUCAAAGGCUUCAAGGAUGCCUAACUAAACUUCAAGAAACUUCUAUGUCACAAAUAAGCCGACUCGAAGACCAACUGGAACAAAAACGGCAGCACAUACUGAGACUGGAAAGCAAAUUGGAUUUGCAAAAAGACUACGACGAGCUUAGGAGGGAAGUUAGUAUACUGAGGCCUGACUUAACCAACAAUCCAGAUGGAAAAAGUAUCGAAUUACUUUUAGAACAAUCAAAGACAUUCAACCAAGCGAAUACGGAUAAAUCACCAUCUAGAGAAAGUGAAGGAGUCGACCAACAACCAACGCAACCCCCCGCCACUCCCACCAACCCCCUCCCGCCUCCCUUCCACAACGUAGACGCCUUCGGCAGCCUGCUCGGCGAAGAGCUCGUCUCCACGUGGAGAAGACCCCGAAUAACACCGAAAUCCCCCUCCGCAGAUCAUCCCCCGAAGAGCUCCACCCCCCUGAUCGACGAGCAGAGCGCCGCCUCCACACAGGAGCCACCCUGUCGGCAGUCCCCCAUCGAGAGCCUCGUCAACGGCAGCCCCAAGAGUCCCUUGGAGGACAACAACAACCACCACGUCAGCAACAACAACAUUCCUCUGAGCGCCAUGUGCGCGGUCAAUAGCUUUCUUAGGUCGGAGGACUCGCUGAAGAGCCCCUACAGGUUCGAGGACCACCAUCGGUCGCCCUUUAAGUUCGCUGAGGAGCUGGGAAUGGCGCCCGGAUCCAUGGUGGGGAGGCUGGGCGAGAGCCUGAUACCCAAGGGGGAUCCCAUGGAGGCCAGGCUGCAAGAGAUGCUGAGGUACAACAUGGACAAGUACGCGUCGCAGAAUUUAGAUACUCUGCACAUCUCUAGGCGGGUGCGAGAGCUGCUAUCCAUCCACAAUAUCGGCCAAAGAUUGUUCGCAAAGUACGUCUUGGGACUGUCCCAGGGCACUGUUUCGGAGCUGCUGUCGAAGCCCAAGCCUUGGGACAAGCUGACUGAGAAAGGGAGGGACAGUUAUAGGAAGAUGCACGCUUGGGCGUGUGACGAGAAUGCUAUUAUGCUGUUGAAAUCGUUGAUACCAAAGAAAGGCAAAUCAGAAGCCGGUAUGCCACCGUUCGGCAGGCCAGAAAACGAUCUGAGUAAUGAUCGAUUAGUUCACAUCUUGAACGACGGAAACCCCUUUCAGCACAUGAAACCUCACCAACAACCUGAAGACAGCCACAGCAAUGAAGACUCGAAAUCUCCUCACGGGUGUACGAGCCCGUUUUCGAGAGACUCUUCAUUGAACAAGAGACUGAAAAAAUACGAAAACGACGACAUCUCUCAAGAAAAAGUCGUCAGGAUCUAUCAGGAAGAGCUAGCCAAACUCAUGGGUAGAAGGAUGGAGGACAUGAGGAAUCAGCGGGAAGGCAAUUUUCCUGGCGGUAACGUCAUGGAGAGGACCCAGGAUGACAUCCGCAUAGCCUUGGACGCAUAUCACCGCGAACUGGCCAAACUGAACCAAGGUCAAGCUCCCAACCAAAUGCCAAUCAGCCUGCUAGCCAUCCAACAACAAGCUUUAGCCCACCACCACCAGCAGCAACAGCAGCAGCAGCAGCAACAACAUCACCAGCACCAGCAGCAUCCAAACCACAACACCAACGGCGGUGUCCAAGACCUCUCUAUUCCCAAAGACAAAAUGAAGAUGAUGAACGGUUGCGCGGACGACAAAGACAAAGACGAUGAUACGAUGUCGCGUCACUCCGGCUCCGCGUUCAGCUUGGUGAGGCCCAAGAUAGAACCAGGUACCCAACCCAACACCGGAUCUACCGCCUCGAGUCCUCUGGGCAACUCCAUUCUACCUCCGAUGACCCCUACGGAGGAUUUCUCCGCCUCAGCAGCCGCCUCGCCACUACAGAGAAUGGCCAGCAUCACCAACUCACUGAUAUCACAACCCACCUCACAACCCCAUCACACCUCCAACAACCGACCCCUCAAAGCAGUAUUACCUCCCAUCACCCAGCAACAGUUCGAUCUCUAUAAUAACCUCAAUACGGAAGACAUCGUCAAGAGAGUCAAGGAGCAGCUCAGCCAGUAUUCCAUAAGCCAAAGACUUUUCGGAGAAAGCGUCCUGGGGUUGUCCCAAGGGUCAGUGAGCGACCUGCUGGCCAGGCCCAAGCCCUGGCAUAUGUUGACGCAAAAAGGCAGGGAACCCUUUAUCCGGAUGAAAAUGUUCCUGGAAGACGACAAUGCCGUCCACAAGCUGGUAGCUAGCCAAUACAAGAUCGCGCCCGAGAAGCUCAUGAGAACAGGCGGAUACGGAGGAGCUUGCACUUCCAUCGGCAAACCGAUGCCGCCCACUCAAAAGAUGUUGUCCGAAGCCGCUGGUUUGCUGAACAAGAUGCAAGAAUCUCAGCAGAACAUCCUGCCUCCCUCUCUUCAGCUAGGGCCCCCUCAUCCUCAGCCUCCUCCACCUCCGAUGCUUUUGACGCCUCCCGGCAUGCCUCCACACCACGCCAUGAACCUCCAGAACCACGAUCUCAUGAAGAAGGCCAAUCACAGUCCUCAUACGCCUCACAGCAUUCCACAUUCUCCCAUGGGGGGACAACAUGCGUCUCUUAGAAACAGCUUGCACCAACAUAUCUCGCCCAGCGUUUACGAAAUGGCGGCUCUCACCCAGGAUCUGGACACCCAGGUCAUCACUACCAAGAUCAAGGAGGCGCUGUUGGCCAAUAAUAUUGGACAGAAGAUAUUUGGCGAGGCAGUGUUAGGCCUCUCCCAAGGCUCCGUCAGCGAGCUCCUCUCGAAACCCAAACCGUGGCACAUGCUCAGCAUCAAAGGGCGAGAGCCCUUCAUCAGAAUGCAACUCUGGCUGAACGACACCCACAACAUCGACAGACUCCAAGCCCUCAAGAACGAACGACGAGAGGCGAACAAACGGAGACGAUCCUCGGGCCCAGGCGGCCACGACAACAGCAGCGACACCUCCUCCAACGACACCUCCGAGUUCUACCACUCCAACUCCCCCGGGCCUCCGUCGGCCAAGAAGCAGCGCGUGCUGUUCAGCGAAGAGCAGAAGGAAGCCCUUCGGCUGGCCUUCGCCCUGGACCCCUACCCGAACGUGGCGACCAUCGAGUUCCUCGCCAGCGAGCUGGGGCUAUCUUCGAGGACCAUCACCAACUGGUUCCACAACCACCGGAUGCGGCUGAAGCAGCAAGUGCCGCACGCCCUUUCCUCCGAUCUCCCGCCCAGAGAGAACGCCGGGGGGCAACAGCCCUUCGACCCGGUGCAGUUCAGGCUGUUGCUGAACCAGCGGCUGCUGGAGCUGUCCAAGGAGAGGAUGGGUUUGGGUGGUGUGCCCUUGCCUUACCCGCCGUACCUCACGACCAAUACGAACCUGGCCGCCCUGAUUAGCCGCGGGCUGCUGCCCACAGGCGACAUGGACUUGUCUGCCCUCAAUAAUGCGGUUAAGGAGCAGAUGAGCGGGUUGGAUUUGUCGCUGAAACGAGAGCCGGGCGACUAUGACGACGACGAUGACGUGGAGAGCAACGUGGGGUCGGAGGACUCGAACAUCUCCGCGGGCAGCUUGAAGGAGGAGCCCAAAGAAGUACCUUCGAGCCAAGGAAGAAGCUCCCGACGGAAACCGGUUGCUCCCCAGUGGGUGAACCCCAACUGGGAAGAGGAAAAGGACAAGCCUAGCACCGGGGACGAGGUGAUAAUAAACGGAGUUUGCGUGAUGCAGACGGGGGAUGACUACGGGAGAAGGAAUGCGGAGGAGACGGUCAGGAUCGAGCCUCAGCCAGUGAUGGACCGGUUUGAGGACGACCAGAGUGACGCUUCUUCCAUCAGCGAGGACAAUGAACACCUGGAUAAGGCCGAGGAUAAGUGUGAUGACGAGUUGGACGAGAACAACGAUGAGGAGGAAGCGAAAAACGAGGAUAGUGAGAAUAAAUUACCCAAACACGAGAACGAGGACGAGAGGUGGGAGUACUAAAUGGGACUGUCUAGUUACUUCCUGUAUUAUUAACGGUUGUUGAUAGCUAGUGUUAAUUUAUACGAGCCCGUGGACUUCUUGGGGGAGCUUGGCGGUUAGUUUUGUUGUAAGAUAAAAGUAAAGUGCAAUCACGAAAAAUCGAAACCUUAUUAUAUUUAUUGAAUCAUUGUGAUUAUCGAAAUAGGGCUUAGCGGAAGCACAGUGUAUAGUGUGUCCAGUUUUCGCGGUGCUGUGCCACUUUUUUGUGAAACUGAAGAUGGCCUUAUUAGGUUUUGCAUAACUGUUUUCGUUUUCGAGAUACAGGGCGAUUUUGAAAAUUUAUAAUUUUUGGACCCCCUCUAUAUCUACGAAGUUUCAUAGCAGAAAUGUCAAAUUGAAAUCUCAACCCAUACAGAAUUUCACGCAGUAUCCAGUGGCGUACUCAUUUUUUUUCGGGGUACAUGGCACAGGACCGCGAAAACCGCAAGGUUCUACCUCCAAAGAUAACUGAGAUAUCACGCAAAAGUAUGGAGAACUGGACACACUGUACUGUGUUUCUAUGGCAUUCGGUAGGUAUACCUCGAAUAAUUUUGUUGAAAAUUUGCGGGAUUUUCAGUUGGAUUUGUUAUGGUCCAAUUGACUUUCGAGCUGCGGUGAAUUUCUUGCCAAUUUUUAACUGUUUUCGCUUAUUGGCAUCAUUUGUUCUCUUUUCAUUUUAAUUUGUAUUUAUGUAAUUAUAAUAAGACUGUUACCGUUAUUGAAUAUAUGUAUAAUGUUUAGCUCGAUUUCGGGCUGGAAAGCAAAGAAAAAUGUUUUGAACAUUUUGUGAUAUACACUUUAAUUUUUUAUUUUUAUUAUUAAAAUGCAGUGCUUUCAAAUUUGUUUAAAUUAUUGAAUGGCCAAAAAAUGCAAUAUCCUGAAUACCUACUAGACCUGGAUGAACAUUUGUAUUGUAUUUAUUCAAUUUAUCUCGAUUGUUUUAUAAGGAUUUUGAUUGCCCUCAGUAUCGAGUAGGUAUAAAAAGAAAUUGCACUUAUUUAUUCACAUUACAUUUCAUGAUUCAAACAAUUCCAAACAUUCUUCCAAAGUAUUGUACAUAAUAAAGCACAUCUCAGAGUCUUCUCAAAUAAGGAACAAUAAUUAUUAUUCUGUCGGCAUUUUGUUUGUCUAGUCUUCCUACAAUGGCAUCAGGACUAAAACUAUUUGUCAAAUACGGCCAGUACUGAUUUUUUUUAAUUUACUGCAAAAAACAACUGAAACGAUAGUUCAAUGCCUUACUUUCAACAAAUGAAAGUUGCUAAUCAAAACUUCUUACCACUACUAAAGAAACCUCUUAGAUUUUUAAUGUUCGAUACUUGAUUUACAAUUACUUAUAGUACCAAAAUCUGAUUUUAGAUCUCAACAUUACUGGAAAAUCUUCAAAUAGCUUUAAUUUCCAAAUAUAAUGAUUAGAAAUAAAGUUAUGAAAAUGCAUAUCGUUAAUAUUAAGUGAUUUGAUACAAAUACAAAAGAAUCCACCCAUAGAAAGAAUUUAUGAACAUAUAUGCCAUAGUUAUCAUUUGUUUUGCUCCCUUUAUGCGGUAAAAUAUGGCACAAAAGUGUUAUUAAAAAUUUUCCAAGUGCAAUAUUUUAACGUUCGAAAGAAAAAUGGUAUAUUUUUUGUGAUAUACAAAAAAAAUUGUAUUUCUUCCAAAAUGUACUCAAUGUAAUAACAUUGUAAAAAUUAUGAAAAUACGUAAAAUUUCGUCAAAAUGAUGCGAUUGAGACAUAAAUUUAGCAAAAAUGUAUAUUAAAUGCACAUUUCUAAAUAAAUAAAAUGCAUGUAGGUAUAUAGCAUAGAUUUUUUUUGCUGUAGCCAAAAUAUUGAGGUUCUUCUGUUAUUUAAAAGAAUUUUCUGUACCAAGACAUAAAAAUACGUAAUCAUGUUUUUGUUAGUACUGAGAAUAAUACAGUUGGUAUGAGAGAAUUUAUUUUAUUUUUUAUUAUAUUUUAUAACUAGAACAUCCAGGAUCAAUGCUUAGAGAGAUCGUAGAUCUACUUCUCCUUUUUUUUACUGUACAUAUUUAUAUCAUAUCAUCUCAUGAAAAUUUCUAAAUUAAAAUUUUCUCUGUAUUUAAUAUUGUGUUUUAUUGAAACAAAAAUAUGUAAUACCCACAUACCCCAUGUUAUAAUCUACAACUAUAACACAAGAUUGGUUUUUUGUGUGGUCUGUCUGUCUGUACUCUGUGGUAAUCAUAAAUCGAUAUAUCUCCGGAAUCCUUUGACAUAUCGACUUGGAAUUUCGCCAUCUUAUUGUACUCGAAACAGUAUCAUUUCAUUAAAAUAUGAAGGAAAUCGGAAAACUCUAAGGUG